CUAUUCCACACCAUAACUUCCACAGCCACCACAGGUCCACAAGCUCCAGAUAAACCCUCACAAAGCCCUACAAAUCUUAUCAGACAAACAACAAACAAACAAACACACAAAAAAGCUUCCUCUUUUGUUCUUCUUCCUUGUUCGUUUUCCUUUGUUUUCUUCCCUCUCUCAUUUGAUGCUUUUUUUGGGGCAAAUAACAAAACUAUAAAAAGAGAGGGUAAUUAAAUAUGGAGAGGCGGGAGAGGCUUCGAGGCAUAUCGAUUAUCGCGGCAGAAGCGGUUAAUCCGGAGAAGUCACGAGGAAUCGCGGUUCCUGCGGUAAGAGCGGUGGUGGCCGACGCGCUGCUUCUCACGCGCAGUCUCUCUGGCACGUUUUCAUCUCCUGGUUCGAUUUCAAUCCGUGCACCAGUUACGCUUGACGACGAGGAUGACGAUGAUGAUGGUUCUGUUAUCGAGGAACAUAACUCAGCUAGUUACAGUAAGGAGAUUGAUUCCGGGACUGAUGAUGAUGAUGAUGAUGACGACGGUUUUGAGUCUGUCUCUGGGGAUGCAGACGACGAGGCUGAGUUAGAGGAUGUGAUUAGGGUCUUAGGGGAAGAGUCAGUUGGAGAAAACGGAGAUGGGAGUGAGUUUUCACCACUUGGACGUGAUGUUGAAGAGGAAGCUUUUUCGGUGAAUUACUCUCCUUUAGAGGAGGAAGAGAGUGAAGUUAGUGACGCUGAUGAAGAUGGUACGAAAGCUGAAGUAGUCAUUCCCCGGGCCAGUUUGUCUUUGGAUGACGAUGAGGUUUUGGGUAGCAGUGGCGAUGAAGAGGUUGCUUUGUUGCGUGUGACAAGGGGUUUGGGUGAUGAAGGAGCUGAAGUCGAAGAUAGGAUCUUGUUGCAGUUUGGAGAUAAGGGGAUGGUUGAUGAACCAGAGUGCUCAGGUUCUGUUCUGACUGAUGUCGUUUCCACGGAGGAUGAGGCGGUUGAGAUGAAGGUGACAACAGAUGGGUUAGAAGAUGGUUCUGUUGAUGAUUUUGUGGUGGAAAAUGAGGCAAGUGUAGGCUUGGAUGGAAGUUCCAGGAAACUCAUUGAUGAAGGGGUUGUUGAUAGAACCGCCACCAAGGAGGAUGGUGGUGGUAGCAUUCAUGAAUCUGACGCAUUGAUGAAGCCAGGUGACGUUGAAGGAGUUGAAGGUAGUGCAGUUGAAUUAGGAGAAAGGGGAGUGACUGUAUUAUCUGAGGGCUCAGGCUCUGUAACAGGGGAACUUGUUUCCACUGAGGAAGAUGUGGUGCAAGUGAAUCUUUCUGAUGAUGCUUCGGUGUCCUUUGAGACUGCGCCAGGAGACUGCAGUGAGUUUGUGGUGGACUGUGAAGGAAACGCUGUAGAUGCGGAUGAAGGGUUAGAUGAAACAUUCAGCGAGCUUGUAGAAAAAGGGGUAGGUCAAGAAAGUGUCAGCAAGGAGAGCGAUAAUAAAACUGAUGACGGUAGAGCUUGUGAAGCAGAUGAGUUGAUGAUUGAAGGUGAAGAGUCUACUGGAUUAGGAAGCAGAGAGUCAGAGGAUGAAGACACUGGAUUCAUGAUAGGCGAGGCAAACGUACUCACCGAAAAUGCUUGCAGUGCUGUUGGAAAAUUAGAAAGCCCGGAAUGUGAGGACGAACCUGAUAUUGGUAUGAGUUCUGAAAGUUCUCAAGUGACUCCAACUCUGGAUUCUGCAACGACGAGAAACCUUGACGUCUCUCGAGGAGUAGAUGUUGCUGUAAGUGGGUGUGAUUCUUCCAACCAAAAAGCUGUCCAAAAGACUGAGAAAGAAGGAACACAAGGAUCAGAGGAUAUUGAUAGGAAGCUAUCACUUCCUGAUGAAGAUAGAGCAUCUAGUUUAGCAAGUUCCUUUGAAAUGGCUAAUGAGGGUGUGGAAAAUGGGGAGCAGAUUGAUAAGCAAGUCAAUUUUCAGUCUGAUAGUGUACCGAAUCAAAUCUCAGUGGGCAUAGAAGAAACCAGCUUGCUUUCGGUUAAGGAUGUUGAGAGAAGCAUGCCUGAACAUUCUUGUGUAACGGAAAAUGAGACACAGAUAUCACGGCUGAUUCAUAACCACACCUGUAUGGAGGAGCUUGACGAGUUCGAAGGAACAGGUGAUACAAAGGAGAAACUCACUGAAUCCACUUUCCAGAAUCAUUCUGAAGAAUUAUCCCCCGAUCCGUCUUUGCAGCUGAUAAGUGGGAGAGUGAAGGAAAGAAUUGCGAAGAGCAAGCUCUUGAAAGAUAAGAUCCAGCGGAUUAUAAAAGGAAUAGAUCUUUGCAAUGAAGAUUCAGCUGUUACUGAAGCUGAUGAGUCUCAGCAGAGCCUAGUAGGUGAAGAGCAUCACACGUCCUCACAGCUUGAUGAUCCUCCCUUGCAUGACGAAACAAAGACAAAGCUGCCUGAACAAGAGCUUCCUCUUGGUCUAGACUUGUCCAUUAACGUCCUUGUCCUCGGGAAAACCGGGGUGGGAAAAAGCGCAACGAUUAAUUCUAUCUUUGGGGAGACUAAAGCUACCGUCGGUGCAUUUAGAGUUACCACAAAGUCUGCAAACUACGUAGUUGGGAAUGUAGGAGGGAUCCUGAUAACAAUACUUGACACGCCAGGUCUCAUGUCCUCUGCAAGCGAGGAACGGUAUAAUCAGGAUGUGCUCGCGUCGAUAAAGAAGAGCAUGAGAAGGUUCCCAGUUGAUGUCGUACUCUAUAUUGACCGUCUAGACGAGAAUCCAGACGUCCGUUUACUUAGAACCAUCACCAGUUCUUUAGGCUCAUCAAUAUGGCGAAACGCUAUCGUGGUCCUAACUCACGCAGCUUCUGAUGUCCCAGAAGAUUCAUCAAGCUACACUGCUCAGAGAUCUUCUCUUAUGCAUCAGUCGAUCAGAGAAGCGGUUCCAGAGUUGAGCUGUGUAGAGCAGAGAAAGAUGCCUGGAAUUGUUUUGGCAGAGAACAACAUGAGUGGAAACAAAACCAGCGAGUCUACUUGUCAGGACUGGAGACUGAACCUGCUGAUCUUGUGUUGUUCGGUUAAGAUCCGGUGCAAAUCCGGUUCUUUGCUAAAGGAGAACACCCUUGUAGAAAAGCCGGAUGCGUUUGACUCCUCGCAGCUUCGCUCUUUCACAUUGUUCUGUUCCUUGUGGAAUAUGUUGCUUCUUGGUUCUAAUAACCAAGGACAUGCUUCUCAGUCACUUGAUGAUGAUGAUUUGGAGGAGAAGAAAAGGCGUUUACUGGAAUCGUACCCUGAAAUCCUCUGGGACGAAGAGAGUCAGGAAAGUCUGGAGCAACAAGAAACUCCUCCCGUGAAGAAUCAAGGCGAGGAGAGAGAAAGUGUGAGAAGAGGAAGAAGAAGAAGAAGUGGGAGACUUGGAUUCCAAGCUACGAAAAGGUUGGGUAUCUAUCUCGAGACAAGUGAUUUGCACACAGGGUUUUCAAUGGGAAGCGGUGGAAGUAGGAAGGUGGAACAAGAGGAAGGGAAGAAGAUGGUGGUGAGGAUGAGAGGCUCGUUGUCUGUUUUAGGAUUGGUUCAUGUGUUGAUGUCUGUAAUAACUAGUGUCUACGGUCGGAAGGAUAUUUAAAAUUGGGCAAGUUGUAGUAGAAUUUGUAACAGCAUAUUCUUAUAUGAGCUUCUGUUUAUACUAUUUGAGGAACAUACAAGACC